AUGGAAGACCCAAAUGAGGGGGUUCUUGGUUGUCCAUUGUUUCCAGCAUUUGCGCAGAAACUUGGUGCAAUGGGUAUGCCUACAUGGGGAGGAGUAACGUGGGUCAGUAGAUGUUACUGCAGGCGUUUGGUCAAUUGGGUUUUGCCAACUUCUGAUGUUUUGUGGGGUUGUAGUCAUGGAUGGGGUCUGCAUGAUUGGUUGCACUGUUGCGACCGAAGUGUGUGGGGUCCUGGUGGUAUCUUGUUUUGUUGCAUGGUGGCACUGGGAGGGUAUGGUUUGCAUGAAAAUAGGGAGUGGUUUUCUGGUUUAACUCUGCAAAGUGGGGCCAUGUAG